AUGCUUGAUCUAUUUGCCUUACUACAGAAACUGAAGAAUCCAACUACGAAGUGUAACUCUCAAAAGGGUGACUACAUGCAGAAUAGGUGUUUGAUGUCGGACAAAUCCUGCCGUCCUUGUCCAGCUCGGCUCACAUCUUGUGUAGGACUACCAAAUGGCAAGAAUCCAAUGGUUGGAUUCAUGUGGAAAUCAAAGUAUAUUAUCUGUUACAAAAACAGAACUUUAAGGUCAGAGGAAUGCCCAGUAGGUGAAUAUUUCCAUCCUAGAAGAGGAGUCUGUUUGAAACCUGUUGAACCAGUUGAUGUACCAGAUUACUGCAAGGCACAUUUAAGUGAUAUUUUGCCAAACCCUUACAAUUGUGGUCAGUACUUCAAUUGCUCCACAGGAAUAACAAGCACACUUCAGUCUCAAACUCCAAGAUCAUUAGAACUGUUUAAGAUGGAGUGUAGCUAUCCAGACUUGUUUGAUAGCAGUUCGAGCAAAUGUGGACACUUUGAGAUUGUGGCAUGCAGAGGGCGACCUGAACCACAAGCUCCUUGUCAGUAUGAACAAAACCUAUGCCAGGCAUCCAAUACUUCCUGUCAGAUGUGUUCCAAUCGCUUGCCUAAUUGUAUAGGCAACAUUGAUGGAGAUCAUGAGUUUCCAGACAAACUGUGGCAGAGGGAUUACAUUAUUUGUUAUAAAAUUGAACUAUCAGCACCACAUCAUGUGAAAAUGGCUCUGUACUUUAAUCCAAGAACAAAAAAAUGUCAGACAACUGUAGAGAAAGGUUAG